CCCCAGCUCCACUGCGGUUUGGCUUUCCUGCUACAGGGGGGCGGGUCGCUCUGCGGUUCCGGGACCGAGCUGUACGCGGGUUGCGGGAGCCGUGGGGAGAACCCAGGAGCUCUCGGAAGCGGGGAAACGAAUCUCCAAUGGUCAUAUAUUACUUUUACAUAGUCAUGUUCUGCAUAAUGACAUUUCAGCCAACAACGGACCCUGUGUAGGAUAGUAGUCGCUAGCAGCCUCCUACAGCUGGUGGUUUACUGCAUCUUUUGAUUGUUCUCAUAUACUCAAUUUAAUUUUAUGCUAUUAUGUUCAUCAUGGCUCCUACUCACACAAAAUCCAUUGCUAAAGUUGCCAGUAAGAGGCCACGUUGAGUGAUUGACCUAGAAACAAAAUUAAAAUUGAUUAAGGACUAUGAAGGUGGGAAAUCAGUAAUGGUUAUUGCUCGCCAAUCAGGAAUGUCCCAUUCCACCAUAGCUACAAUCUUGAAGAACAAGAACAAAGUGACAGAAGCUCUUAAAGGAUCUGCCUCAUUGAAGGCCACCAGACUAACAAAAAUUCGAGAAGGGCCCAUAUCAGAUAUGGAGAAACUUCUAAUGACCUGGAUUGAAGAGCAGACACGGAAGCGGGUCCCUCUCAGUACUAUGAUGAUUACAGCUAAAGCCAAAAGUUUGUUUGCAAUGUUGAAGGAAAAGGCUGGACCUGACUAUAAUGUUGAAUUCACUGCCAGCUCUGGGUGGUUCAAGCGAUUCAAGAAUCGCUAUUCAUUACAUAAUGUGAAAGUGAGUGCUGAUGUCACCAAGGAGUGUAUGAAUGGCAUCUGGAAGAAGACACUCAAGAGGUUCGUCCAUGAUUUCAAAGGAUUUGCUCAGGAAGAGGAAGGCGCAAACAUGGACAAGGCUGUGGUUGAGAUGGCCAACAACUUUACUCUGGGUAUGGAGGAGGAUGACAUGGAGGAUGAUGACAUGGAGCUCCUGGAGGUGGUUCCUGAGGAACUGACCAGUGAGGAGUCAUUGGACCAGGAGUGCAAAGCCCAAGAAGAAGCAAGAGAAAAGGAAACUGCAAAAGAAGAGAAAGAACUUCCAAGAAAAUUCACAGUGACGGGCCUAGCAGAAGCUUUUACAGACCUCAACAAGCUCCUUAAAAAGUUUGAAAGCAUGGACCCCAACCCUGAAAGGUUUUCAUUAAUAGAGAAGAAUGUUCAUGGUGCAUUAUCUGUGUACAAACAGAUCUAUGAGGCAAAAAGGAAGCAAACCACCACAGACAUAUUUCUGCGAAGAGUGACACCUCAAGAGCCUCAGGCAGGUCCCUCAAGAGGCAUUGUCAUCAUAGGAGAUGAUGGCACUAUGCGCAUUAUUGCCUCUGAGGACCUUCCGGUGGACCAUGUCAGAGAGGGGGAAGUCAGUGAUAUUGAUGAUCCUGAUCUUGUGUAGGCCUAGGCUCAUUCGUAUGUUCAUGUCAUAGUUUUUAACAAAAAAGCUAAGAAGUUUAAGAAAAAUUAAAAAUCAAAAAAAGCUUCUAGAAUAAGGAUAUAAAGAAAAGAUUUUUAUACAGCUGUGUAAUGUGUCUGUUUUAAGCUGUUAGUACAAAAGAGUCAAAGGUUUAACAUCUUAAAAAGUUGAUAAAGUAAAAAAGUCUGGUAAGGUUAAUUUGUUAUGGAAGAAUGAAAAAAUUAUAUAUUUUAAUAAACUGGAAUAACUUAAGUGUACAGUGUUGAUAAAGUCUACAGCAGUGUACAGGAAUGUCUGCAGCCUCCACAUUUACCCCUCACUCGCUGAUAACCAGAGAAACGUCCAGUCCUGCAAGCUCCAUUCAUGGUAAGUACCCUCUACCUGUGUACCAUUGAUUAUUUUUUAUCUUGUUUUUGCUGUACCUUAGACACACAAAUACUUAACAUUGCAUUACAGCCAAGCAUGGUGGUACAUGCCUAUAACCCCAGCAGCUUGGGAGGCUGAGGCAGGAAGAUCACAACUUCAAAACCAGCCUCACCAACAGUGAGGUGCUUAGCAACUCAGUGAGACCCUGUCACUAAAUAAAAUACAAAAUAGGGCUGGGGAUGUGGCUCAGGGGUCGAGUGCCUCUGAGUUCAAUCCCUGGUAGCAAAACAAAAACAAACAAACAAACAAACAAACAAAAAAAACCCAUUGCAUUAUACCUGUCAUUGUGUGAAAGCAAUAUUGUAUUUUAUACUUUUAAAAUUUUUUGUGUGUGCUAAAACUGGGAAUGAACCACAUGUAUGUUUAUGUCAUAGUUUUUAACAAAAAAGUUGAAGAAGUUAAAAGGUUAUAGAAUAAGAAUAUAAAGAAAGAAAAUAUUUUGUACAGCUGUGUAAUGUGUUUGUGUUUUAAACUAAGGGUCCAGUGUUCAGUAACAAGCUGUCAAGGUUUGUUGCCUGGGAACAGUCGGCUAUGGCAUAUGGCCUGAGUGUAGGAGCUGUCCUGCCAGAGUUGCACACUCUGAUGUACACACAAUGGAAAACACCUAAUUAAACAUCUCUCAGAACGUG